AGAACAGGUUGGAAGGGGGAGCUUCUUGUCUCUCCUGGCUCUUGGGUGGCGUGGGGAGAACAUAUGAACAAAAAGCAUUUUUUGAUUUGUUAACCCAGUUGUGGUUCUUCUGCACAGACUCAUUUGCGAGGAAGGUGGUUCUCAUCAAGAACUUCGGGGGAUAGGCGAAAAUCGAGGUUAAAAAUUUGUGGGUUAUGUUUAAUUUGAUCUUUAUUUUGGAAAGAAAAGAAGUGGGUGUGUUUCUGCUGUUUGAAAUUGUACACACGCAGACAUAUAUAGGAGGAGAUUGAUUUAGAGGAAGAAGGAAAGAGAUGUGGCAUCCAAAAGGAAAUGUAGAGAAGGAAGGAGCAAAUGGGUUGGUAGCGGUGGCCAUAGAUAAGGACAAAGGCAGCCAAAGUGCUUUGAUAUGGGCUACUGAUAAUCUUCUUGGCAGAGGCCAAACUGUCAUACUCAUCCAUGUCAAACCCAAAGGCCUACUUGCUUCAUCGCCUUCUCUUUCUGGUCAAAAAAUACACCACAUCUCUGAAGUCCAUGGUGAACUUGAUCAAAAUACCAAGGAAUUGUUCCUUCCAUUCCGUUGUUUCUGUACACGAAAAGAUAUACAUUGCAAGGAUGUUAUACUAGAAGAUACAGAUGUAGCGAGAGCAUUAAUUGAGUAUGUAACUCAAGCAGCAAUUGAGAAUUUGGUUCUUGGUGCAGCCUCAAAAAAUCGCUUUCUCAGAAGAUUCAAGACGACGGAUAUUGUUGGAAAUGUAUCGAAAGGUGCACCAGAUUUUUGCAAUGUAUAUGUAAUCUCUAAAGGAAAAGUCGCAAUCACACGCUCUGCCUCCCGUCAAGCUCCACAAAUCUCCUCAUUCCACGACCAAAUUCUUAAUCAAACUAUCAAACCAGAUCCAUAUGAGACAUAUUCCCACAGUGCUACAAUUUCAAAAGUACCAGAAAGGACAUCAUUUGAGCCUCCACCUAACUUGCAUCAUGAGAUGGAUUCUAUCAAGUCACCAUUUACAAGAGGAAGAGGCACAAAUGGAAAAUCAUAUGGAGAACUCUCAGUGCCAGAUACGGACAUAUCCUUUGUCAGUUCUGGCAGACCCAGCACUGACCGCAUGUUUCCUUCAUUCUAUGACACCAUAGAAACAGGGCGGACUCCCCCACGGCUGUCAAGCAGCUCAGAGAUGGACAACCCAAGCUUUGAGUCAAUACAAUGGGGACGGAAGUCAUUAGAAUUUGGUGGUCCAUUUGAAUUUUCAUCAGCUUCACAUGAGAGCGAAAGACUUUCAUGGUCAUCGCAGACAGUGGAUGAUGUGGAGGCUGAAAUGAGAAGGCUAAAGCUGGAGCUGAAACAGACAAUGGACAUGUACAGCACAGCCUGCAAAGAAGCACUCACGGCAAAACAGAAGGCAAUGGAGCUCCAGCAGUGGAAAAUUGAAGAAGAGCAGAGGUUUGAAGAGGCGCGACUGGCAGAGGAAGCUGCAUUGGCAAUCGCAGAGAGGGAAAAGGCGAAGUCCAGGGCAGCAUUAGAGCAUGCGGAAGCAGCUAAGCGGAUCGCAGAACUAGAAUCACAAAAGAGAAUUAAUGCAGAAAUGAAAGCACUUCGAGAAGCGGAAGAGAAGAACAAGGUCCUGAAUGCUCUGGCACAUUCAGAUGUCAGGUACAGGAAAUACACGAUUGACGAGAUCGAAACAGCAACAGAGUUCUUUGCAGAAUCUCGUAAAAUUGGAGAAGGGGGUUAUGGACCUGUAUAUAAGUGCUAUCUUGACCACACACCGGUUGCAAUUAAGGUUCUCCGCCCAGAUGCAGCUCAAGGAAGAUCGCAGUUUCAGCAAGAGGUUGAAGUACUGAGUUGCAUUCGGCAUCCCAACAUGGUUCUCCUGCUUGGAGCCUGCCCAGAGUAUGGCUGCUUAGUCUAUGAAUACAUGGCUAAUGGGAGCUUAGAUGAUCGUCUCUUCCAGAGAGGAAACACUCCUCCUCUCUCUUGGCAGCUUCGUUUUAGAAUUGCAGCUGAAAUUGGCACCGCCCUACUCUUUCUCCACCAGACCAAACCAGAGCCGCUAGUGCACCGUGAUCUUAAACCAGGCAACAUCUUGCUUGACCGCAACUAUGUCAGCAAGAUUAGCGAUGUUGGUUUGGCCAGGCUAGUCCCUCCAUCAGUUGCCGACAGUGUGACACAGUAUCGCAUGACGUCAACAGCCGGCACUUUCUGCUAUAUAGAUCCGGAGUAUCAACAAACUGGCAUGCUGGGUAUAAAAUCUGACAUAUACUCCCUUGGCAUUAUGCUUCUUCAGAUGGUAACAGCCAAGCCACCAAUGGGGUUGACUCACCAUGUUGAGCGGGCUAUUGAAAAGGGGACUUUUGUUGAGAUGUUGGAUCCAGCCGUGCCUGAUUGGCCAGUUGAAGAAGUGUUGGGCUUUGCCAAGAUUGCGCUCAGCUGUGCAGAGUUGAGGCGGAAAGACAGACCGGAUCUUGGAAAGGUAGUCUUGCCAGAACUGAACAGAUUGAGAGCUCUGGCCGAGGAAAAUAUGCACCCUUCAAUGUUGGGAGGCAGCUGUGGAGGCUACUCGCCCGACCACAGCCAAAUCUUUUCCUCGCACCAAGAUGUAUUGAGUGACACACAGCAUGCACCACCUUCUUAUAACAGCUCCAGAAGCCGCUCAAGCACGUAGCGUGGAAUGGUACAGGAAACAAAAGUAGAUUAAAAGAAUAGUUUGCGUCCGAGGACUGUAAAAACAAAGAGAGGGGAAGGAAGAAUGGACUCGACCAGGUUCUUCACAAAUCCAGGAGACAGAAUUCCAUCCCAGACUGUACAGAAAAUCAUCAAGUAGAGGAAAUUCCCAAGGAGACCUGCUUCUUCUUCAUUCACAUCGAUUUUUGGGUAUGGUUAGCAAGCAGGCAGCUGGCUUGGAUGUUUAUCAACAAAGGGCUCCUUAUUGUUUUGCACAAAUUAUCCCCCAAAAAAUGUAGCGCAAAAAAUAAUUUAUAAAAUAACUAAAACUAAUAGCACAUAAUUUUUAUGAAUCUUUUAGAGUUGUACCAUGAUAAAUUUUUAUGAAUGCUAGUAAGCCAUUUGAAUACAAA